AUGCUUCCUGAACUGGAAGACUUGACUCCGCAAUGUGAUAUCUCGACUGACGAUGUGGGAGUUUCCGGAAAGUCUACUCUGAAGGAAGAACAGAAGUUGCGAUCUAUUCUGGUGUAUCACAACAAGAUCUCCCUAGGAGAUGGAAAUGCAGCUCCUGCGCCUACUCAUAUAUUUAUUUGUGAUCUGGACGUCGGUGAUGCACAACCCAUCGCCCUGAGACCACGUUCGGUCGGACCCCACCUCCUUCCGAAAGUAUACGAGCUUCUUAAGAAACGUUUGGAGACGAAUUUGAUCGAGCAUUCGGAGUCACCCUGGGCAUCGCCAAUAGUCAUCGUUCUGAAGAAAAACGGAAUUGACAUCAGGACGUGUAUAGAUUACCGGGUCGUGAAUGGUUUUCUGAAACUAUCGUGUUACCCGUUACCUCUGAUCGACGAUCUUCUAAUCGGUUUCGAAGAUGCGAUGUUUAUGAGCGGUGACAUGGCCAGUGGUUUUGGGGCCGUGAAGAUGUCAGAACGAGCAAAGUUGAUAUCCGCCUUUGUGUGUCCGUUCGAAUAUUUUCAGUGGGUAGGAAUGCCUUUCGGACUGAAGAACGCUCCCCUCAUCUACCAAGCUGUGAUCAACAACCGCUUAUGGGGGUUCGUCAGACUCUCUCCGGCGGAGGAAGCUGACGUGGACAGUGACGUUUUAGAGCAUCUGGGGCUGACACUUUCCGACCGAAGCGAGAUUGCCGAACGGAACGUUCCCAUCCUGACGGAGACGAUGACUGUUUUCAAACGAAACAUUCCAGCGCAACCAGAGAUGGGACCUGUUCUCGGAAGGAGCUCCUACAUCAAUGAUAUCGCUCAUGAUGCUGCGACUUGGGAUCAGCUCUGCGACGACCUCAAUGAAUUACUUUUCCGAUUGCGUUACUGGAAUAUUUCAGUAAGUCUUCCCAAGAGCCGAAUUUGGAAAUUUGGUCAUACCGUACAUUUCUCACGAAAUCAGCGCCUAAGGGAUACGUGCCGUUCCGAAAAUUGCGAAAGGAGUUCAAGGGAUCAGCUCUGCGACGACCUCAAUGAAUAA